CUCUUGCCACUGGGCAAUGCUGCUUCCCACCUGGACUGCUGCUUGUCCAACUUUAUGGAUCUGGAAGCCGAAGGACCCAAGUUCUGGAGCCGGCCUGCUGGGUGACUUUGGGAAAGUCUUUCUGCCUUUCUGCCCCAGUUUCCUUGUCUCCAAAAUAAUAAUUGUCUUUAUCUCCCAGUGAUAUUGUGGCUGAGUGGAUCGAACCUGAGCCUGGGAGUCAGAAGGUUCUAAUCUCGGCUCUGCUCCUCGUCUGCUGUGUGACCUUGGGAAUUGGAGCAGUUGGCAUAGAUGGAUUAUAUGGGCUUCACAAGAAGUACAAGAGAAGAAUCAGGGAGUGAGGAUGGUGUGAAUGCAGCACUGGGAGAGAAGAAGGAAGUCAACUCCUCCUCCCCCUUCUUUCUCCUAAAAUGCCCCAGAACACUGAAGAAUUGAGCCCUAAUGAGGCAUUUGUGUGAGCCCUGUGUCUGACUUGGUGCUUUCUGACAAGAAGUCAGCUCUCUCCGGGCCCAAGACAGAGUGGUUGAUGGGCAGAGAACCAAGCUAGAGUACCUCUGCCCGUGGACAGUGAACAAAAAUUGCAGAAUCAAGGGAGAAAGCAGCCCUGGAGUCCCAGACCUGGGAUCCCACAGACAAGGAGGGGUGGCCAACAAUGAAUCUGGAGCAGGAGUGGGCCCCAAGGACCCAAUCCGGCAUACCCUUGGACGCUGAGAUCUGCCACCAGAGUUUCCGGCAGUUCCGCUACCAGGAGAUGUCCGGACCCCGGGAGGCCCUGAGCCAACUCUGGGAGCUCUGUCGUCGGUGGCUGAGACCCGAGAAGCACACCAAGAAGCAGAUCCUGGAGCUCUUGGUGCUGGAGCAAUUCCUGACUGUCCUGCCGGGGGAGAUCCAGGCCUGGGUGCGGAUUCAUCGACCGGAGAGUGGAGAUGAGGUGGUGACCCUAGUGGAGGAUUUACACAGAGAGCUGAAUGGACCAGGACAGAGUGACCUGACCAGUUCACCUGAACAGGAAGUGCGUGAAGCGGAUGCAGAAUUCCUGAGAGCAGCACCGGAGUUAUUUCCAUCUUCUAGUGGCUGCUUGUCACCAAAAGCUCUACCUGCUGCACUGGGCCCUGUGUUUCCUCAAGAGGGUAGCCCAGGACAUCAGAUAACAGCAGCAACACAUCAAAAAACAAGGACUCAGGGGUCGAUGACAUUUGAGGAUGUGGCCGUGUCCUUAAACCAGGAGGAAUGGAAGAUUCUGGACCCAGCCCAGCGCAGCUUAUACCAGGAAGUGAUGCUGGAAAAUUUUGGGAAUCUUGUGUCACUGGGAUUUCCAAUUACCAAACCUGAUGUGAUCUCCCAGCUGGAGGAUGGAAAAGGCCUUUGGUUUCAGGAUCUGCCAGAAAGUGAGGAGAAAGAGACCCCGAGAGACAUCUGUGAAGUUUGGAAAGCUGGAACUGGGUCUCAAGAGUCAAUUUCUUUAAAACCAGAUAUUUGUGAAGAAGCAGCUUCGCAAAGGGCACUAGUGGUAAAAAAUCAACAGACCAUUUCAGUGACUUCUGAGGCUGAAAAAACUUCGGAAUAUAAGGGCAUUUUAGCAAAGCAAAGUGGGAACUCCACUAGGAGGAAACUCAGGAAAUUCCCCAAUCAGGAAAGAGAGUUCAGAAAUGAAAUGCGUAGAAGAAUCCCUUCAAAGAAGAGCUCCUAUGAAUGUGGAAAAUCUUUCAAGUGGACUUUAUGCCUUACUGAGCACACUGGAAAAAAUACCUACAGCUGUAGUGAAUGUGGGAAAACCUUCAGUCAACACUCAGGUCUUAAUAACCACCAGAGAAUCCACACUGGAGAAAAACCCUACAAGUGUAAUGAAUGUGGGAAAGGCUUCAGUCAACACUCAGGUCUUAAUAAACACCAGAGAAUCCACACUGGAGAAAAACCCUUCAAAUGUAAUGAAUGUGGGAAAGCCUUCACAGACCAGUCUUACCUAAUUAAACAUCACAGAAUCCACACUGGAGAAAAACCUUACAAAUGUAAUGAAUGCGGAAAAGCCUUCAGUCGACACUCUAACUUUAAAACUCAUGGGAGAAUUCAUACUGGAGAAAAACCCUACAAAUGUGAUGACUGUGGAAAAUCUUUCAGUCAACAUUCAAAUUUUAUUAAACAUCAAAGAAUUCAUACUGGUGAAAAGCCCUACAAAUGUAACAGAUGUGGUAAAGCCUUCAGUCAAAAUUCAAGUCUUAACAGUCAUCAGAGAAUUCACACUGCAGAAAAACCCUACAAAUGUAAUGAAUGUGGGAAAGCCUUCAGUCAACAUUCACACCGUAUUAGACAUCAGAGAAUUCACACUGGAGAGAAGCCCUAUAGUGAUAAAGCCUUGAGUCAAAACUCACGUCUUCAUCCACAUCAGAAAAUUCAUACUGGGGAGAAACAUGAUAAAUCUAAGGACUAUGGGAAGACUAUCAUAGACAUUCAAACUUUCAAUAAGACAAUGACAAAUUUCAAAUAGACAUUCAGUUAUGUAUCAGAAAAUUCAAAUGUUAUGACUGUGGGAAAGCCUACAUUUGGAGGUCAUAAUUACUGAACAUCAGAAAAACCCAUUCACUAUUGAGCAGGAAUAUUACCACUGGAUUAAAUGUUAGCCAAUUAA